CUGCUGCUUUAUUAUCUAUACGUUUCUGCGCGGGGAGAAGAUGCCGCAACAAAGCGCGGUUUGCAGAGGAAUCUCUCCGAACCGGCUCUCCGUGGAACUCGGAGCUGCUCCCGCCCUCUCCGCCGGCGCUGCCUUCGCUGAUUGGCCGAGCGCGCUGCUCCCCGACGACGCGGCGGAACCCCGGAGCGGCAGCCUCAGUUUCCGCCCGGGCUGCUGUCGCCAGCGCACCUAGAAACCGGAAGCGGCAGGGUCCGGUGUCAGCCCCGACAGAACCCGGUAUCUCUGUUCGUGUUGCUAUGGUCGACGGAGCGGCCGAGCUGGAGCUUUUCCGCCGCCGCUGGCGGGCCGAGCUGACUCCGGAGGGCCGCAGGAAGAGCAGCCGAGGGCCGGCGGGCAGAGGCGACCGGAAAAGGCAGCGCGUCGGGGAUGGCGGGGCUCCGGAGCCCGUGCGGGGCUGGGGCUGCUGCGGAGGCGUCGCUCGGUGGGAUCCGGAGGAGGAGCAGCCGCCGCCGCCGCCACCGCCUCGGAGGCCGCCCCCCAGCCCCACCGCGCCGGAUUGUGAUUUGGGAGCUGCCGCCGAGGCUCGAGGAGGAGGAAAGGAGGACCUUUUGGAGCAGCUCAUCCUGGACUUGAAUGAAAUAAACGAAGUUCCCUUCUUUGACGUUCAGCUGCCUUAUGAACUGGCGUUAAAAAUAUUUCAGUUCCUCGGCAGGACGGAACUGGGGAGAUGCGCUCAAGUUAGCAAGCCCUGGAAGGUCCUUGCAGAAGACCAGCUCCUUUGGUUCCGGUUGUGCCAAAAAGAAGGUUACCUGCCCAACAGUCAAAUAUCUGAUUCUCCUUUCUGGAAAAGGACCCUCCGGGAAUGCCGGGAGAAGGAGCAGGUUUUAAGAACCAACUGGAAGAACCGCAUUGGUGCCGUGAGCCAGCUGCAGUACGAACUUGGGAAAGUUCUGUGCGACGUGCAUUCUUGCGACGGGGUGGUCAUUGCUGGCUACACGUCAGGGGAUGUGAAGCUGUGGGACACUCGCACCUGGGACUACACCGCUCCUGCCCUGGACCCUGAGCGCGGCUUGGCCCAACCCGGCCCCCGGCCGCAUGCCUCCUUUGUGAGGAUAAACAGCUCCCUGGCAGCGGCAGCUUACGAGGAUGGGACGAUUAAGGUGUGGAGCCUGCUGGUUGGCCGUGACCCGAUCCAUUGCUCCCAGCACAAUCAGAAGAUACAAAGCUUGGCCCUUUCGGCUGAAGGGGCAACGAUAGCAACCGCAUCCGCCUUCCAGGUCAAAGUGGAGAGCGCCAAUGACAAGGGCUACUGGGAGACGGCUGCAGAGUUUGAAAUCCAGAAACUGGUAGGCUCACUCUGCCUGGUUCCCCGCGUUAUGGGCCUCCCUGUGGCCGUAGCCACUGCGGAAGAUGUCGUCUAUCUGCUGAAGGUUGGGGACUCAGCCAAGGUCCUUCAUUCUGUCUACGGUCAGCCUGCCACAUGCCUGGACGUCACCUCCAGUGAGGCAGCGUUCGGAGUGAAAGGCUUCGGCUGGUUGAUCAACGAGACCAACAAGAUCCUUCUCUACAACUUGGAAACGGGACAGUGCACAGCGCAGCUCGGAAGCUCCUUGGGGGACUUCUCCUGCGUCAAUCUCCGGGACAGCCCUCCCUCCCUGCUGGUGGCUGGGAACAAGGACAGAAGGGUGAGGGUUUUUGACCUCCGCAUAAGAGCCUCCGUUUGCUCCCUCUAUGGCCACCAGCUGGGAGUCUCUUCUGUGCAGAUGGAAGACUGGAAGAUCGUCAGCGGAGGGGAAGAGGGCCUGGUCUGCGUGUGGGACCAGAGGAUGGGCACCAAGCUCUGGGAAAUCCAUGCCAGGCACCCUGUCCGCCACAUCUGGUUCAACAGCCACAGCCUCAUCACCGCCAAUAUCCCUGACGAGAAGGUUCCCCGAGGCGCCAGCCUCAUGGAUGAUGACCUGACUGCUCAUCGAAGACAUCGAGGAAUCAUCUAUGCGUAUGAGUUCUCAGUGGACCAGCUGGCUGCAGAGAGCAUCCUUCCUAUCUGCCGCUCCUCUUACAACGAAACAACAGGCUACAACUACAAUAUUGGCCUGGCGGUCCCCUACGACAACAUCUAGCUGCGUCGGGAAGUAAGAGGUGCUGAUCAAAGGCCGACCAACGUGGAGCAGGAAGGACGGUGCCCAUGUCCACAGGAAGGUGUCUGGGUCACGGCAGUGGCUGCCGCAGAAACACACAGAGGAGAAUGCAAAGAUGAUCCUCAGUGAUGCCCCCCAAAACCCACCUGGAUGCAGCGAGGCAGAGGACGACGAAGGAUGAAGCGGAUGCAGUGGGCAGGGUGCAGAGCUUUGCAAAACCCAGACAUGGCGCAGUAGGAAUGGAGGAGAAGUGCUGGCCCAAAGUGACUCAGGCCCAGAAGAGGAAGAAGAGGCGCAGAAGGGAGUAGUUAAAACAGGGAGCCAAGCAGGUAGAGAGACUAGACUUCCUACCUUUGGGCCCAGGCCUGAUCUUUUAGGUUACUUAUGGGGCUGGGGAACAUGAGGGCUGGGACCACAACCCUGAACUACAGGGCCUCUUGAAAGCAUGUGUAAAUCACUCACCAUUUCCUCCCAGGAUGUCAGAUAGCCCUUGAAACACACUUGGGAAGUUAUAACAUGCUUCUGGACAUGUUUACACAAACAAACAACCUUUUCUAUUGAUGAUGAUGUAAAGAAAUGAGAUUUGUUAAAAUUAAAUACCAGGGUACCUUGGUAUAUUAGACUCAACCACAUCUCCUACAAUGGUUUAUUGGUGCUUGUUUUUAAACUUUUUUUGCUUUUAAAUGUUUUCCGGUGCUUUUACUGUAUACAUUUUAUUGUUUUAAUGUUGUGAAUCCCUUUGGUAUGUUUCGUGAUUUAGUGGAUAUAAAUACUUUUAUAAAUAUAACCGUACCAACUGGGAAUAACAAAGUGGCAUGCUUCAUGCUACACAGGGCAUCCCCUGUUCCUUGGGGCAUGUUGCUCCAGUUUUAUUUCACAAUUAGCGAAGAGUACUUGGACUGCCCAGGAUUUUGUAGAAACGCCCCCCCCCCC